GUGAUGGUCAGGAUGUAACAAACCCAGCAAAUCACCAGCCCCUGUUACAUCAAUUCGGGCUUUUCACAGAUGGAAUAAAGGCUGAUCUGUGAACUUGUGAUCCCAAACCCAGCGCUUGCAAAUAUCAGACAAGUAUCUCGUUUUUUUUAACUCUGUGUGGCUCUCUCUGCUUCUCGUUCUUUGCUUUUUUGCUCUUCUGAAACACUCUGCAUCUCAAAUUUCUAUGCUUCUGCGUCUCGAUUGUGUUAUUAUGUUUUGUUGAGAUAAGAUUCUAAGUCCAGAGUUUGAAUGUUUGGGCUGAAUGAGCUCCCAUGCCUUUGCUAGAUAUUGCCACUGCUCAACCUUCCUUGCAAAGUCCUCUGGUUCCAGUCAGGGUUCAAACCUUUAUUCAUGGUCAAGUGUUGUCAAAUCCUUGGAAAUCCUCCCAAUUCCCUAAAAAGGUAAAUUUUCAUGUGGGACACCGGGAUAGUCAAGGUGGAAAACUCCAGAUUAGAGCUGUUGCUACCCUUGAACCUAAUUGUUCAGUUCCAAAAGAAUAUGGACGUAGUAAGUCACAGCUUGGUGGUGAUUCAUGUCCUUCAUCAACUCGGCUUGAAUCUUUGAAGUCUGGAGACUCAGACGAGGAAUUGGAUGAGAGAGAAAAGUUAAGAAGGAUGAGGAUCUCUAAAGCAAAUAAAGGAAACAUACCAUGGAACAAAGGCAAGAAGUACAGUGCUGAGAUGCGUCAGCGGAUAAGGGAGAGAACAAGGCUUGCAAUGCAGAAUCCUAAGGUCAAAAUGAAAAUGGUUAGCCGUGGAAGUGUUGAGAGCAGAGAGACAAGAGCAAAAAUUAGAAUUGGAGUACGAAUGGAACGGGAAAGGCGCCGUGAGAAGUUAAUGGUACAGGAAACUUGCCACUUUGAGUGGAUGAACUUGAUUGCUGAAGCAUCUAGAAAAGGCUGUUUUGGUGAGGAAGAGCUACAGUGGGAUUCUUACAAGAUGCUAGAUGAGCAGCUGACAAAGGAGUGGUUGGAAAGUCUUGAAGAAAGGAAAAGGAUGCGUAGGCCAAAAGGUAGCAAGAGAGCACCAAAAUCCCUUGAACAAAGAAGGAAAAUUGCAGCAGCCAUUUCAGCCAAAUGGGCUGAUCCUGAAUACCGUGAAAGAGUUUUCUCUGGCUUGGCAAACUACCAUGGCAUACCAGAUGGGGCUGAAAGAAAACCAAAGAGGAAGCCAACAGCUGUUACACAGUCCAAGCAGAGCCCUUCAAAAAGGAAAGCUAGUGAUACAAACCAUUCUUCUACUGGUGAGACCACAAGCCCAUUUGAGCGGUUAAGGUUACGAAGAAGAAAUAAACCACUUUAUAAGGAUCCUAUGGUCAGUUCCAAGCUCGCGAUGAUAAAGAACGUUAGAGCGCAAAGAGCAGCAGAAAAAUCCAAGAAAACAGAAGCUGUUGAACGAGCAAGACUCUUAAUCGGUGAAGCUGAGAAGGCUGCGAAAGCCCUUGAGGUUGCUGCAAUGAAGAGCCCUGUUGCUCGAUCUUCCCUCAUUGAAACCAGAAAGCUUAUAGCUGAAGCAAUUCAAUCAAUUGAAUCAAUAGAGAGAGGACAGGUUACAUCUGAUGAGAAUGGUGGAUAUAUUUCUGUUGACUCGGCUGAACCAAUUAAAGUUAGCCAGGUUCAGAAGAAAAUGCAAUCAGAAAAAGGUGGUUUGAGCCAAGCAGACAAGAAAGAAGUAAAUGGGAACCAAAUCCUUUCAUUAAGGAAGAAUGAGGAGUUUAAUUUCCCCAACUUUAUGUUCCCAAUGAUAGUGAACGGUGAGGGUGAUGAACUUACUUCUCCAAGCUCGAAUAACUAUAGUUUAUCAACUACCAACUUUGAAAGUUUGAUUAAGAAGUCUAAUUCAUCCAAGCAACUCGAUCAGUUGGUAACAAAUGGGAUUAUCAAAGAUGAGAAGAAUCCUCUCCCAAAUGGAACCAAAGUUAAGCUGAAGGACGAUUACGUGCCUUCUAAAGCAGUUGCUGUAACUAAGAAAUGGGUCCGUGGUAGGCUUGUUGAAGUCACUGAAGAAGCUUCAUAAAUACCAUAAAACUAGACACAGAUCUUCAUCUGAGCUUCCUGAACAUACUGCUCAUAUACUGCUAUGUGUUAUGUACAAGAGUCCGACAACCUUAAUGAAUCAGCUUGGGCACUGCCACUGACUUGUGGAGUCGAUACGCCAUCUAUAUUUAACAUUUGCAUUUGGCAAAAUCUUUUGUUAUAAUUACGGCACUUGAAGCACGGAUGUAUCUGGCAAUACUUUUUCCAAAUUCUAAUGUAAAAAGGAUUAGUUCUUUAUUGAACUGCCUUGUUUCGUCUAACCAUGAUUGCUGUGAACUUCAAUGUGUAGGCUAUAGCUUUUGACAGAGGUGCUACAUUAGAAUCUUGAGUUUUGGAGUUCUAAUGGCAAACUACUGCCUGGUAGGCAUGCUUGAUUACAUGGUUACGUUCAUCAGGAAGAAAAGAAAUUACAACUUAUAAGAAGAGGAUGAUAAAAACUUUUCCAAAUUUCAACAAUGGUAGUGUUUCUAUUUAAAGUACAGCAUUACUUGUUACAGUCUUGGUUGCUCUUUACAUGGGAGUCUGCCUUUUUCUCAAUCUCUUUCGUCUUGCUUUCUUUCUCUUCUUUCCCUUUCUUGAUCUCCUGUUCCACC